AUGUUGUUAACCUCAUCCUGGAUAAUUGAUUCGGCGAUAAUUUUAACAAGUUUAAUUUAUCUCCUCUAUAAAUAUUUUACAAGAAAUUUCGACUACUGGAAGAAGGAGGGUGUGUUUUAUUUCAAACCAACUCCAUUCUUUGGUAACUUCUAUGGAGUCGUUACUAUGAAAACAUCACUUGCUGACACUCUCAAAACCCUUUACGAUAAAACUGACGAACCAUACUUCGGAGCUUUUACUUUCGAUGAGCCUAUUUUAGUGGUAAAAUCACCUCAGUUAUUAAAACACAUCUUGAUCAAAGACUUCACUUACUUCAAACACCGCACGUUCGCAGAAGGAAGUCAUAAUAAAAUAAUUUCAAAUUGGUUAUUUUUUCAAAAAUACACAGCAUGGAAACAAACUCGUUCUAAAUUAUCCCUGAUGUUUACUUCUGGAAAACUCAGAAAUUAUGUUUCACUCUAUUAGCGAUACUUCCGCAUUAUUCGCAAAAUACUUAAAUGAUAAUUUGGGAGUUUUAGAAGCUAAGGAGAUUUGCAUGAGAUAUACAACCGAAAAGCACUGUCAAAUGCUUUUUCGGAAUCAAUGGAAAAUGCUUCGAAAAAGGUCAUAGCGAAUUAAAUGAAAUCAGUAAAAGAAUUUUCGAAAUGUCUCUCAGGAAUGGCAUCAUUCACUCGUUUAUACGUUUAAGCCUUUCUUGGUGGACUUGUUCAGGUUGAAUUUUAUGAGACAAGCGGAUGUAGAUUACCUUUUGGAAGCUUUCAAAACCAGCUAUAACAGUAGAAAGACUAUAAAAAAAGGAAGUAAAGGGAAAAUCGUGGACUAUAUUGAUAUUAUAUUGGAAAGUGAAGAUAGUAAUGGUACUUCAAAGUCUGAUUAUGAUUCAGAUUAUUUUAUGGCCAUGGCGAAUACCAUUCAGUUUUACAUAGGAGGUAUAGAAACAAGUGCUGGUUCAUUAUCGUUUACUCUUUACGAAUGGGCAAUGAAUCUGGAUAUACAAGAAAAAGCUCGAAAAGAAGUGUUUGAUAUCAUGAACAAAUACGAUAAAAUAACUUAUGAUUGUUUACAAGAAAUGGAAUAUAUUGACAUGUGUUUAGCAGAAACUGGAAGAAAGUACCCCCUUUUUCAACUACUUGACAGAAGAGCGGACAUGGACUACAAGUUUCCUGACACAAAUUUAAUAAUAAAAAAAGGAACCAAGAUUUAUAUUCCGUUUUAUGCCCUGCAUAUGGACGAAAAAUAUUUUCCAGAUCCUCAAAAGUAUAACCCGGAAAGAUUCUUGGAUAAAACUAUUAAUAGCGAUGGUGUUUAUUACAUGCCUUUUGGAGCAGGACCUCGAAUUUGUUUGGGAGAACGUUUUGCCAUGAUGAGUAUGAAAAUAUUUCUAGCUACGUUCCUGAGAUCAUUCAAGGUUGAAACCUGCGAUAAGACACCUAAUAAAAUAACAUUUGACCCAAAUAGUUUUACUAUCGUAUCAAAAGAUGGGGUUUAUCUUAGAUUUAAACGUCUUAAUGAAAAUUAA